CCCCAGGACUGUGAGUCACCAAUUCCGAUUUUGCUGCAGAAUAAAACCAAAAAUUUAAAUUGUAACAAAUGUCCGGGAUUCAAAGGACAAUAAAACGACCCAAGCCAGAUAUUGGUUCAUCAGAAUCAUCUUCAGAUGAUAGUGAAAUUGACAAAUUUAUUCUUAUAAUUAAAUCAACCACAAAUGACCGAAAACAUAGCAUUAAAGCAAGGGACAAAAUGUGUAUCAGACCAUUUGUUUCUAGAUGGACGACACAAACAGUUGAAAGAAACCUUAACAUCUUUUACAAACACUUAGUCAGUGGUACAGACGUGCUCCAUAGGGGUGGUAUAGCAAUUGCAUUAACAGACAUACAAAAUCAGUUCAUGGAAUACUUGAAGAGUGUUCUACAUUUUUCUGAGAAUCUUGAUGGAUUUAGGCUCUAUGCUUCUAGAAUAAAACUACAGUUGACAGAUGUAAAGCAGGAAUUGUUGAGGUCUGGUGCAUUCAAAAGUAAUCAGAUGUCUCUGCAGUACUUCAUACAGCUUUUGGAAAAUCUCUGUGACAAAGCUUCCAUGGAAGAGCCAGAAUAUGGUACACUUUUUACAGAGCUAGUGUCACGUUUUGCUGAAGUUUGUUUAUUGAUGCCAUACAAUCAUCCAGAAAGAUCUUGUUGGGAGGAUUUCUUAGGAAGACCAGGAUUCAAUCUGACAUCCACUCCAGAUCUUCGUUUCUACAGAUAUGGCUUUGAUCAUUCUAAAUCAAGGUCGUCCUUUUGUGUAGUUCAGACCAAUAAUAUGCCAAAAGACACUACAGAACCUUGUAGAAAAAAGCAAAAGAAAAAAUUUGAUUCAGAGUCUGAAACCUCAGGUGAUGAUGAUAUUCAAUAUUCCAGAACAUCACUGGAAGAUAGAUUGAAAGGCAGACAUGCUGGAGCACUGUUAGUUGACUUGCAUACUAUUGUAAAGGAGAAACAUGAUGACACUUGCAUAGAAUACUCAAUGCCAGGAAUGUUAGUUGAUGGAACAAGGGUUUGUUUAACAAUGUUGGUUAUAUCAAAAGACCAUUAUGAGAAACUUAAAGUUGGUCAAGAACUGACCAAAGAUGAUGCAGCAACAAUAUACUACAGUACCUUUUAUGACAUUUUAUUGCAAUCUCAACGUAAUGAUCUCAUUGAGUUAUUUUUAUGUCUAAAUAAUAUGACUUAACAUUGAGAGUUGUAUGCAAGCAUUUCAUGUUAUUAAUCUGCUGAUAAAAGAUCUGUGAAAAAUACUUAUAAAAGCUGCUGAUAAAAGAUCUAUGAAAAAUACAGAUAAAAGCUGCUGAUAAAAGAUCUGUGAAAGCUGCAGAUAAAAGAUCUGGGGAAAGCUGUCGAUAAAAUCUGCCGAUAAAAAUCUGGGGAAAGCUGUUAAUAAAAAAUCUGUAAAAGCAUGCCAUGAAUUUAACUAUUUCAGUCAGGAUGCUUCAUUUGUGAAUUUGUGUGAAACAUAAAGUUAGACAUACUGUGUAGGAAAAUGGUUAAAGGAAUAAUAUUUGAUUUGACAUUUAAAAAAUAUUGAGAAACAGAGUAUUCAAUUACUGUGGAUGCAUCUACUUUCUUGGCUAACAAUUUUCAUUGAUUGAGGUAAAAUGGUAUUUUCACGAAUAUUUGAUUUUGUAAUAUUGCUCAAAGUUUGUUUACAAUUCUAUAGUCAAUUUAUACUUCCUAGUACACUUAAAUUAGUGGUUUUCCAUUACUCAUGAAAUCACCAAAAAUUAGUAACCCACGAAAAAAAUUUAUUCCACAGUAAUGCUUUACCCAAAUUAUUAGGGUAUACUAGUAAUCAAAUUACAUGUGUAGUAUUUUUUACAAUGAAAAAUCACUGUCACACCGAAAUGAUUAUGGCAUUGUCAUUUUCGUUUUAGGUUUUCAAUGCUCUUCAA